GUAAGCUAACUUCCAGGAUCUACAUGUCAUCACUUGGAUUCUGUUUUUGUUUUCAGAAUUCUUCAUCUUGGCUUAUACCUAUCCUGUCUGAUAUGCUGAGACACAUUUUUCAGUUUUGUGUUUUAGAAAGCAGCCAGGAAAUUCUGGAUCUUAUUCACAAGGUCUGGAUGGAAUUGUUGGACAAGGCUUCAGUUCAGUAUGUGGUUGCAGCUGCUUGUCCGUGGAUGGGUGCUUGGCUUUGUUUAAUGAUGCAGCCUUCUCAUUUACCUAUUGAUUUAAAUAUGCUGCUAGAAGUAAAAGCUAGAGCCAAGGAAAAAACAGGUGGUAAGGUACGUCAAGGCCAAAUCCAGAAUAAAGAAGUCCUUCAGGAAUAUAUUGCAGGUGCAGACACCAUCAUGGAAGACCCAGCUACGAGAGAUUUUGUAGUUAUGAGGGCCAGGAUGAUGGCAGCUAAGUUGUUAGGAGCACUUUGUUGCUGUAUUUGUGAUCCAGGUGUAAAUAUGGUAAACCAAGAAAUUAAACCAGCAGAAUCCCUUGGCCAGUUACUGCUCUUCCAUCUGAACUCCAAAUCUGCUUUACAGAGAAUUAGUGCUGCAUUAGUAAUCUGUGAAUGGGCUGCUUUACAAAAGGAAUGUAAAGCUGUUACCCUAGCUGUGCAGCCACGUUUACUUGAUAUCCUUUCAGAACAUUUGUAUUAUGAUGAAAUUGCUGUUCCAUUUACACGAAUGCAGAAUGAAUGUAAACAGUUUAUAUCAUCAUUAGCUGAUGCACAGAUUGAAGUUGGUAAUAGAGUAAACAACAAUGUUUUAACAAUAGAUCAAGCUAAUGACUUGGUAACUACUGUUUUUAAUGAAGUCACAUCAAAUUUUGAUUUAAAUCCUCAAGUGUUACAGCAUUUAGAUAGUAAACGACAUCAGGUCCAAAUGGCAGUUGCAGAGACGAACCAGGAGUGGCAAGUGUUGCAGUUGAGAGUGCAUACUUUUGCUGCAUGUGCAGUUGUAAGCUUGCAGCAGCUUCCAGAGAAAUUAAAUCCUGUCAUAAAACCACUAAUGGAAACAAUUAAGAAAGAAGAGAACACACUAGUGCAGAACUAUGCUGCUCAGUAUAUAGCUAAGCUUCUUCAGCAGUGUACAACCAGGACGCCGUGCCCUAAUUCAAAAGUUAUUAAAAACCUCUGUAGCUCUCUUUGUGUGGACCCAUACCUCACUCCCUGUGUAACAUGUCCAGUACCAACACAAAGUGGCCAGGAAAAUUCUAAAGGAUCCAACUCAGAAAAAGAUGGAAUGAGCCAUACUGUCACCAAGCACAGAGGCAUCAUUACACUGUAUAGGCACCAGAAAGCAGCUUUUGCUAUCACAAGCAGGCGAGGCCCUAUCCCCAAAGCAAUCAAAGCUCAGAUAGCAGAUCUGCCUGCAGGAAGUAGUGGCAAUAUCCUGGUUGAACUUGAUGAGGGUCAGAAGCCUUACCUGGUACAACGGAGAGGAGCUGAAUUUGCCUUAACAACUAUAGUGAAGCAUUUUGGUGCUGAAAUGGCAGUGCAGUUGCCACAUCUUUGGGAUGCUAUGGUUGGCCCAUUGAAGACUAUGAUUGACCUAGAUAAUUUUGAUGGUAAGUCCCUUCUGGAAAGAGGUGAUGGUCCUGCUCAAGAGCUGGUGAGUUCUCUGCAAGUUUUUGAAGUAGCAGCAGCUUCGAUGGAUUCUGCACUUCAUCCCUUGCUGAUACAGCAUUUGCCUCAUCUUUAUAUGUGCCUUCAGUACCCCAGCACUGCAGUGAGGCACAUGGCAGCUCGUUGCAUAGGUGUCAUGAGUAAAAUAGCUACCAUGGAAACAAUGAAUAUCUUUUUGGAGAAGGUACUUCCGUGGCUAGGAGCAAUUGAUGACAAUGUCAAACAAGAAGGUGCAAUUGAAGCACUUGCCUGUGUAAUGGAGCAAUUGGAUGUUGGCGUUGUUCCGUAUAUUGUCCUUUUAGUUGUCCCUGUGUUGGGAAGAAUGAGUGAUCAGACAGACAGUGUGAGGGUCAUGGCUACUCAGUGCUUCGCAACGCUAAUUAGACUGAUGCCACUUGAGGCAGGCAUUCCAGAUCCUCCAAACAUGUCAGAAGAGUUAAUCCAGUUGAAAGCAAAAGAGCGACACUUUUUAGAGCAAUUAUUAGAUGGAAAGAAGUUAGAAAAUUACAAGAUCCCAGUACCAAUCAAUGCUGAACUGAGAAAGUAUCAACAGGAUGGUGUGAACUGGUUAGCCUUUCUUAAUAAGUAUAAGCUUCAUGGAAUUCUGUGUGAUGACAUGGGCUUAGGAAAAACACUGCAGUCUAUCUGCAUUCUAGCAGGAGAUCAUUGUCAGAGGGCCCAGGAAUAUGCAAGAUCAAAAUUGGCAGAAUGUAUGCCACUUCCUUCCUUGGUGGUCUGUCCACCAACAUUAACAGGUCAUUGGGUAGAUGAAGUAGGUAAAUUUUGCUCCAGAGAAUAUCUCAAUCCAUUGCAUUAUACCGGCCCUCCCACUGAAAGGAUAAGGUUACAGAAUCAAGUAAAAAGGCAUAAUCUGAUAGUAGCUUCAUAUGAUGUUGUGAGGAAUGACAUAGACUUUUUUAGAAAUAUUAAAUUUAACUACUGUAUUCUUGAUGAAGGCCAUGUCAUAAAAAAUGGAAAAACCAAACUGUCAAAAGCAGUAAAACAACUGACUGCUAACUAUAGGAUUAUUCUUUCUGGAACACCAAUCCAGAACAAUGUUUUGGAGUUGUGGUCAUUAUUUGAUUUUCUUAUGCCUGGAUUUUUGGGUACUGAACGCCAGUUUGCUGCUCGAUAUGGCAAACCCAUAUUAGCGAGUAGGGAUGCACGGAGCUCCAGUCGAGAACAAGAAGCAGGGGUCCUUGCAAUGGAUGCGCUGCACCGGCAAGUCCUGCCAUUCCUUCUGAGAAGACUGAAAGAAGAUGUUUUGCAAGAUCUUCCACCUAAAAUUAUUCAAGACUAUUAUUGUACUCUUAGCCCUCUCCAGGUUCAGCUUUAUGAAGACUUUGCUAAGUCUCGCGCCAAAUGUGAUGUUGAUGAGACCGUGUCUUCAGCUGCACUUUCAGAAGAAACUGAAAAACCAAAACUUAAAGCUACAGGUCAUGUAUUCCAGGCAUUACAAUACUUACGUAAACUGUGCAACCAUCCAGCAUUGGUCUUAACCCCUCAGCAUCCAGAAUUCAAGAGUACUACUGAAAAACUGGCAGUUCAGAAUUCUUCUCUUCAUGAUAUUCAACAUGCCCCUAAACUCUCAGCCUUGAAACAAUUGCUGUUGGACUGUGGUUUGGGAAGUGGCAGCUCUUCGGAGAGUGGCACAGAGUCUGUUGUGGCUCAGCACAGAAUACUGAUCUUCUGUCAGCUUAAAAGCAUGCUUGAUAUAGUAGAGCACGAUCUGCUCAGGCCUCACCUGUCCUCUGUCACUUACCUGAGACUAGACGGCAGCAUACCUCCUGGACAGAGACAUUCUAUUGUUUCCCGGUUUAACAAUGACCCAUCCAUUGAUGUUCUUUUACUCACAACCCAUGUUGGUGGCCUAGGGCUGAACUUGACUGGUGCUGACACUGUGGUGUUUGUGGAGCAUGACUGGAACCCUAUGCGAGAUCUACAGGCCAUGGACCGGGCCCAUCGCAUUGGGCAGAAACGUGUGGUUAAUGUCUACCGGUUGAUAACCAGAGGGACACUAGAAGAGAAGAUAAUGGGCUUGCAGAAAUUCAAGAUGAACAUAGCCAACACCGUUAUUAGCCAAGAGAAUUCUAGUUUACAGAGCAUGGGGACUGAUCAGCUUCUUGACCUGUUUACUCUGGAUAAGGAUGGCAAAACCGAAAAGGCUGACAGCUCUGCUUCUGGAAAGGCGAGCAUGAAAUCAGUUCUUGAAAGCCUGAGUGACCUCUGGGAUGCCGAGCAGUAUGAUUCUGAGUAUAACCUGGAGACCUUCAUGCGUUCCCUUGAGUGACUGCUGCACGAUGGGACGCAACUGCUGCUAGUUCAGUUACAUUCUGCUGAUAUUCAGCAAAUUCCUACAUCUAUGGUGAACUUUAACUGAAUGUAUAAAUAGUUCUGAAGAAUAUUCAGCAUAGUGCUGGCCCUUGUUUCACUGGGGAACAAGUUACUUUCAAAUAUUUGCACUGUAUUAAAUUUAAAUGUUAAUGUGAAAAGAUUUAAAUUUUACAUGCUGAACAGCUGCAGACGAGGACGUGGCCAGGUCUCCAUGUGCUACCAGGAGGGAGGUGCUUACGCAGGGACAGCCUCCUCUACAGUCACCUGUCCACAGCGAGAUCCACCAGUGCUGGGGUGUUUGUAUGCAUUGUGUUCUUUAAACUAGUACUUUGUUUUUAUAAUUGAUUACAAAUAGGGCUUCUUUUGUAUAAAAGCCUUAAUGAGCCAUACUUUUCAGAAUUUCAGAAUGACUAUUAUUAGUCAGCCCUAGAACAUGAAAAUGUUAAGCAAUGAAUUGAACCAUGCCCUGUGGCAACCUUUGUAUAUUUAAUGCAAAUGCAUAUAGCGUUUUUCAAAUCUUUAACAUCACUCUGUUCACUUUUAAAGUAUAGUAACUAUUCCAAAUGCAGGUACUGGGGUAUUUGAGGCUACAAUAGCAUCCUGUUAGAGGGUGGGAUUGUGUCUAAUUUAUCUAAUGGCUAGGAUACAGCCAGAUUCAAAGAACAUAUAUGUAUUCAGUAGGUUUCAAUCA